AUGGACAAAAAAUUCCAGGAAGCUCAACUGUUAUCGCAACAAUUGCAGACGGACCUCUAUAGCUCAAUCAGCCUUCGGAACGAAAUGAGCGCCGAGAUUUCUCAACAAAAAAAAUCGUUGAGUGAGCUAAUGAAUACAAAUGAAACUCUCCGCCAGGAAUUACAGAGUUUGACACUGGAGCACGAAGAAAGUCAAAUGGAUUUGCAGAAGAUGACGAAGUGCCACAUUGAAGUUUCGAUGCGUUUUGCUGAACAGCAGAAGCACAUAUUGAAACACUACAGCACCCGUCUUGACUUGCAAAUGCCAUUGAAUCCUGUUGAUAAGGAACAGCUUGACUCCAUGAAAAGGCAACUGCGGUGUGCCGAUGGAUGUGUCGAUGUUCUCCUCAAAUGUCCACAUGGGUCCGCGUAUUUCCUGAGAAAGAUCGAACAACAGCUGGAAGCAGAAUAUAGGGCAACGCUGCAGGAAAAGGACGAUCAAAUCGCAGCUUUAUUAAAGCAAAGUGGGAACCGGAGUUCCAUGAUGAAUCGUUAG